UUGGAUAUUCUGUGUAUUCGUAUACAGAUACACAUAAACUUCUAUAUAUAUAUCACCGAGAACACGAAUCAAAUUUCCUCGGGAAGGUCGAUACGACGUGUGCAAAAUUCUUUCCGCAAUUUUUUUUCUUUUCUAGUGCACAGAAAUACGCCAACACUGUACACAUUUGAGUAUAAUUCUAUAUAUAUACUGAUUUCUCGCGCCAUCGGGGAAUAUAUCUGUUAAUCUGUAAAUUGUUAUCACUAUCGUUGUUGUUGACCGAGGGAAAAUGGAGGGAGUUGAUUAUCUUGCUGAUGAGAGGAAGAAGGCGGCGUUCGAUGUGGAGGCCAUGAAGAUUGUCUGGGCUGGCUCGCGAGACGCCUUCGAAGUUUCUGAUCGUAUUUCCAAGCUCGUGGCCAAUGAUCCUGCAUUCCGGAAGGACAACAGAACUAUGCUACCGAGAAAGGAACUAUUCAAAAAUACCCUUAGGAAGGCUGCUCAUGCAUGGAAACGAAUUCUUGAACUUCACCUAUCAGAAGAAGAGGCAUCUAAAUUGAGGUUUUAUGUGGAUGAACCAGCUUAUACUGAUCUUCACUGGGGGAUGUUUGUACCAGCCAUAAAAGGCCAGGGCACUGAUGAACAGCAGCAAAAAUGGUUGCCCUUGGCCUACAAGAUGCAAAUAAUUGGCUGCUAUGCUCAAACUGAACUUGGCCAUGGCUCCAAUGUGCAAGGUCUUGAAACCACUGCAACAUUUGACCCUCGUACAGAUGAAUUUGUAAUUCAUAGUCCGACAUUAACUUCAAGCAAAUGGUGGCCUGGUGGACUGGGCAAAGUGUCCACACAUGCUGUCGUUUAUGCUCGUCUCAUUACAGAUGGUAAAGACCACGGUGUUCAUGGUUUUAUUGUCCAACUACGGAGCUUGGAGAAUCAUAGACCUCUUCCAGGAAUAACUAUUGGAGACAUUGGAAUGAAAUUUGGAAAUGGAGCAUACAACACCAUGGACAAUGGAGUGCUUAGAUUUGAUCAUGUCCGUAUUCCACGAGAUCAGAUGUUGAUGAGGGUUUCUCAGGUGACGAGGGAAGGAAAAUAUAAACAAUCAGAUGUGCCGCGGCAGUUAGUUUAUGGGACUAUGGUAUAUGUCCGCCAACAGAUUGUUGCAGAUGCUUCUUGCGCUUUAUCACGAGCAACCUGUAUUGCAACGAGGUAUAGUGCUAUACGGAGACAAUUUGGAUCGCAGAAUGGUGGACCUGAAACUCAGGUUAUUGAUUACAAGACUCAGCAAAGCAGACUCUUCCCUUUGUUGGCUUCUGCUUAUGCCUUUCGAUUUGUUGGUGAAUGGUUAAAAUGGCUGUACACGGAUGUAACACAAAGGUUGCAAGCCAAUGACUUCUCAACAUUGCCUGAGGUGCAUGCAUGCACUGCAGGGUUGAAGUCCCUGACUACUUCUGCCACUGCUGAUGGAAUUGAAGAAUGUCGAAAGUUAUGUGGAGGCCAUGGCUAUCUUUGCAGCAGUGGGCUUCCAGAAUUAUUUGCAGUUUAUGUUCCAGCUUGUACAUAUGAAGGAGACAACACUGUCCUGCUUCUACAGGUAGCUAGGUUUCUCAUGAAGACUGUCUCCCAGCUUGGAACAGGCAAACAACCAGUAGGAACUAUUGCUUAUAUGGGAAGAAUUGAACAUCUAAUGCAAUGCCGCUGUAAUGUUCAAAGUGCUGAGGAUUGGUUAAAGCCUGGUCAAGUAUUGGAAGCAUUUGAGGCAAGAGCUGCUAGAAUGUCUGUUUCCUGUGCACGAAAUCUGAGCAAGUUCGCUAACCCUGAAGAAGGUUUCGCAGAGCUAUCAGCAGAUUUAGUUGAGGCGGCAGUUGCACACUGUCAAUUAAUUGUUGUGUCCAAGUUUAUCGAGAAACUUCAACAAGAUAUUCCUGGUGAAGGGGUCAAGCAACAGCUAGAGGCACUUUGUGGUAUUUAUUACCUCUCUCUGCUUCACAAGCAUCAGGGUGACUUCCUCGCUACCAGCUUCCUCACCCCUAAGCAGGCUGCAUUUGCUAACGAUCAGCUCAGAGCAUUGUAUGCCAAGGUCCGUCCGAAUGCCGUUGCGCUUGUUGACUCAUUCAAUUACACUGACCACUUCCUCGGCUCAAUUCUUGGGCGCUAUGAUGGAAAUGUUUAUCCCCAACUUUACGAGGCAGCAUGGAGGGAUCCGUUGAAUGAGUCAGAUAUACCGGAUGGCUACCAUGAAUACAUAAGGCCUUUGCUUAAGCAACAGCUCCGCAGUGCUAGAAUGUAGGCUUUUGGAUUCGAUACCAAUGGAAUAUUGAUCUGUGUGCACCAAUAAAUCACAUUUGAUGAUAAAGAUGGUGGUAGGAAACAGCUUCUCUAGCCAACUGUGUCCUAGAUUUGCCUAUCAUAAACCCGACCCGGAUGGAAUAAGGUCUCUCUCCCUGGGUGUUCGUGAGAGGAGAUACCAGAGCAGAAAGCUGUGAUAUUUGUGUAUUACUUUUGGGAAAAUAUUCUAAAAUAAAUAUUUGGUAGAGAGACACAGCUGGGAUAAAUGGUCCAGCGAUUCUAGUCUGAUUUUGUGAGCAUUUGUUACCAAUCUCAACCAUAUUCGAUUGAAGGAUGUUCUUUAUUGUGGUAUUA